CCUAGUCUAAACGUGGUUAAUUUUUAAUAAAAUGUGUAUUUGAAAUUCAUAGAAUUAUACACGAACACAAUUUUUAUAGUUAUUGGCAGUAGUGAUACAUUUUUAAAUAAAAAUUCUUAAAAAAUGAUUAUUAUUUAACGUUCCAAUUGAAAGGACAUAUUUAAAUUACAAUGGAAGCAAACGAGGUUAUAAUAGAAAAAGUUAUUUUAAAUGGUAACGCUAAUGAACAAAUAUUAAACGUUGAAGAAACUAACGAUGUUCUAAAUGUUACUAAAAAUUUAUCAACACCCGAAGAAAGUAUAAAUGACAAUGAAAUAAUUUUAAUUGGCGAAAAAUCUGUAAACAAACUAACCUGCAAUGAAGAAAGUAAUAUAAGUAAACAACAAUAUGAAUCGUUUAUGAAUAGAAAUUAUAAUAGAAGAUUUAUUAACAAUGAUGGUAACGGACAGGGUGUAAGUAAUGAUUUGCUAAUUGAAAAUUUAAAACAGAAUGAUGAUGAUAUUUAUAUUGUACAUGAAAAUGAUAUAGCAUUGUCAGUUAAAUCAAGCAACAAACUAUGUUCUCUUGCUAAUAUUGCUAUUGAAUAUGGAGAUUCUGAUUCAGAAACAGAAAGUACUUCUGACUUUAGUAAACGUGAGAAUGGAAAGAACAUUGUUUUUGAAGAAGUUCAGAUGGAAUCUUAUAGAUUAAACAAUGGUAUGUCAUCAGGUGAAGAAAGCAAUAGCGAAGAUGAUUCCAUUAGCAGUGAUUCUUCAAUAAUAAUUGAAUCAAACGAAUCAGAUAGCGAUGACAGCACAAAUAAAAAAGGUAAAAAAAAUAACACGAAAGGACCAAAAAAUAAUGAAAUUAAAAGUGAAUUAGAUGAUUUACCACCUAUUGAAGAUUUAACAAUUAGUGUACCUGAAGUACUAUGCGAUCCAUUGGGCAAGAUUGCAUGGAUGGUUGAACAAUUGGUUGUUGUACGACCAAACUCUGGUAAACCAACAUUAAAUUUAGAUACAAUUUUAUUUAUCGAAAAAGGACAAAGAGCUCUAGGUAAAAUAUUUGAUGUGUUUGGACAAGUCAGCGAACCACACUAUUGUAUAAGAUUCAAUAGCUUGGAACACAUUCAGAAAUGUGAUAUUAAAGUUGGAAUGAAUGUUUACUAUUGCCCAAAUACCGAGUAUACAUCCUUGGUUUUUUUACAUGACUUAAUGAAAAUUAAAGGUAUCGAUGCAAAUGCAGAUGAGCCUCCCGAAUUUUCCGAUGACGAAGAAGAACGGGCUUAUUAUGAAAAACAGAAAGUAAAACAAACAUCUAAUACAACCGAAACUGAUAUCCCUUUUAAACGAAAACGUGCUACAAGUCCUACUGCUGGUUGGCAAUCAAAUCAUCCAUGGAAUAGAAAUACACAAAGACAGAGAAAAGUACAUCAUCCGCGAGGAGGAAAGAGACAAUUUUCUCCCAUGCAGACUGGAAACCAGUCACAAACUCCAUGGGUACAACCGUAUCAAAAUAGUUGGCCAUCCAUUCCAAGAGGUUUACAUUUAGGGAAUAAUGAACAAUAUGGAUAUGCGAUGUAUCCAGCUGCAUUACAAUCAAUGCAAUAUAUGAACCCUAAUAUAAAUAGUAUUAAUCAAAAUUUUUAUAAUUCGCAGAAUUAUUAUAAUGAAGAUGGUAUAGCAGUGCCUUUAAAUCCUAGAAUUCCUUUCAAUACAUCUCCAAGACUCUCUCUAGGGCAUUGUCAAAAUGGUCCAAAUUUAAGAUUUCGAAAUGCCAAUAUGUCUUGGCAAGUACAAUCUGCUCCGACAAUGAACGUCCCAUGGGUAUCCUUACCACCACCGCCGCCACCCCCUCCUCCAUCGUCUUCAUCGCCAUCAUCAUCAGGAAAAAAUUGAACAUUUGUCAAAUUAAUAAAACUACACUAAAAAUAUGAUUUGAAUAACUACAUCUAUAUUAAAAACAAU